AUGUGGAUAUCAAUAUUUGGAUAUUUCUUUCUAUUUCUAAUUAUAUAUUCUUUUAUUUCUAAAAAUAAAUCAUUCUCUAAAAUCGAUCCACCUGGAAAAUGGUCUCUUCCUAUAAUUGGUAAUAUUCUAGAUUUAGCAGGAAGUUUACCUUUUCGAGAUUUGAUGAACUUGGAAAAGAAAUAUGGAAAGGUUUAUAGACUUUGGCUUGGGUCUGUAUACACAAUAGUCGUUAGUGAUCCAGUGAUGACCAGAGACAUGCUUAUUAAUAAUCAUGAGAAUUUUAUGAAUAGACCGAAAUCAAUAUCAUGGGAGACAAUGUCAAAAUCAAACAAUGAAUUAUUGGCAUCAAAAGAUGAAGAUUGGUAUCAUUGUAGAAAAUUAGUGUCCAACGCAUUCACAAAAACAAGAUUAAAAACACAUAUAUCUCUCAUUGAAAAAGAGACUCAAAGUUUAAUACAAGUAUUAAAGAAAUAUUCCAAUAGCAAUUUGAUGUUAAAUCCAAAAACUAUUAUUCAUAAAUUUUCUCUAAAUAUUAUUUUAACAAUUGUAAUGUCAAAGAAAAUUCAAUAUGAUGAUUUGGAUGAAGUUGAUCCAGAUAUGAAGAAUAUGAUUCAUUGGAUAGAUAGAAUAUUUGAAGUUUCCAAAUUUAUUAUUGGAUUAGAAUCAUUUCCAAUUUUAAAUCCCUUUAUCCUUUUCUAUUUGAAAUACAUUAAUACUGACCAUGCAAAGUUUGUAGAUCUAUGCAAAAAGUAUUAUUAUGAACAUUUGACAUCAUUGGAUCCAGAUUCACCAAGAGAUUUGAUGGAUACCAUGAUGUUGAGUGAAGGUGAAAGUGUCGACAGAGUGGCGUUGUUGGCUGUUGACUUCUUGUUGGUAGGUUCAGAUACAAGUUCAUCAACGAUUCUUUGGUUUAUGGUUGCACUAGUAAAUAAUCCAGAAGUUCAAGAUAGAGCAAUCAAAGAAAUUAAAAAUGCAAUCGGUGUUGAUAGAGAUCAAGUGUUGUUAUCGGAUAGAAUAAAUACUCCAUAUAUGGUUGCAAUUAUUAAAGAAGUUAUGAGAAUGUAUCCUGUAGCUCCUCUUUCUUUACCAAGAGAAAGCAGAGAAUCGAUUGUACUUCAAGAUUAUUAUAUUCCAAAGGGUACAAAGAUUUUUUUCAAUACCUACUCUAUGGGACACAAUGUUGAAUAUUGGAAGAAUCCAGAGGUAUUCGAUCCAACCAGAUUUAUCAAUGAUAACCAUGUGGAAUAUAACCUUCCAUUUUCAACUGGACCACGAAACUGUGUUGGAAUGAAUUUGGCAUUGGAUGAGCUCUAUACUGCUUGUGCCAAUAUUGUAUUGAACUUUAAACUACUCUCGUCAAAUGGUAGAUCUCUAAGUGAGGAUUUAUUAUUCAAUACAACAACAAGACCCAAAGAUUUUAAUAUUAUUUUUGAAAACAGAUAA